AUGGAUGUGGAGUUCGAUAGGUCUCUUCUCAGGGUCCACAUAAACUACAAUAACUUCCCGGCUAAGUUAUGGCGUUUAAUAAACAAUCCCCAAAACGACUCGGUCUUCUGGAGCCCAGAUGGAGAGAGCGUGAUCGUCGACCAGCAGCGGUUCGAGGACGAGUUGCUGUCGCCGCUCAAACAAGAUGCUAAGCUGUUCAAGACCACCAACUUCACCAGCUUCAUCCGGCAGCUCAACCUCUACGGCUUCCGGAAGGUUUGUGACAGGUCCUUCAAGGACAGACGCCGAAACCUGCACCACUUCCACAAUCCCGUCUUCAGACAGGGUCGGCCAGAGCUUCUGGUGCACAUGAAGAGGCUGACCAUCAGUAACAAGGCCAAGAUGGAGGCCGGAGAGCAGGUGACCUGUCGGCCCCCGCGCCGCGACCAUCAGCGGUCGCAACACAACGCCGCAGAUGAGAAAAGAGGCCAGUUUAACCAUUUCGGUUCUGUAUCCCAUCAGCAGAAGGGGUCUGACCGAAGCCCGAUCCCUCCACGCUCCUGGAUCUUUCCUUACAGUGAUGUGCCUCCCUUCUACUCUAACAAAGGCAUCCCGGUUUCUGUCAUUCGCCUCAAUCCGUACAGCACUUCUCACAGGGUUCAGUGCGGUCCCGGCGGUCUGUUUCCACAGGAGCCUAAAUAUAUACCUCAGCAGCUGUCCUAUCCCUCAGGAUUUUACUCGCCAGGUACUGACUUACUUUAUCUUACACAGAACUAUUCAGUGAGCCACCAUCACAACAGCAUCCAAACCGCAAACUGGCCCGCACACGUUACAGCUGAGUCUCAGAGGGGCGACGUAAACCUCGACAGGGUGUUCCAGAUGGUGGAUGAGUUCCAGGGUUUGCCCAACGUCCAUGUAGUCCGAGUGGGCACCCCUGUGAAAGGCCAGCACACCUCCAGCCCAACUCUCUACACUUUACCUGCUGCCUCUAAACCUGAACCUGACGGUCCUCAGAGCUCCAGGAUAGACACUGCGGCAUCCAGUCCUGUGAGAGACGAGCGUCCCUCUGCCAUGGCCUGCAGUGUGGGCACGCAAUACAUCAAACUGGAGUCUGAGGGACAUGAAGUUGAGAAGCAAGGAACCAGCCAACUCAAAGAAGAUGAUUCAGCAUCUCUGGAGGCCUUAAAAAAGGCUGCUACAGAUCAGAAAGUGACUCAGGAAAGCAUCAGAAACUGA